CCCUGUCCCUUGCAGCCUCCGCUCCCCGCCACUGCUGCGUGACACAGGCGUGGGCGAGGGGGACCAGGGUCUGGCCCCAUCUGUGCCUGUUCCCAGGUGAUGUUCCUGGCUGCUCUCACACGUUUGAGCCGUGCCCCUGUUGUGAAAGGCUGCGCAUCUGAUUUCCAGUCGCUGGAGUCAGGAUGUCAUCCUCCGGGGGUCAGGCUGCUCAGCUGACUGCUCCGACCCGGGCAGGACCGUGCGCGCGGCAAGCUGCGCUGCGCUGCCCUAGCCAUGGCAGCGCGUCAACCUGGAGGCGGAGGGGAAACUUUCUAGGGAGCAGCUGGGAUGUUCUUAGAGCUUCCCGACCUGCUGGGCUGGGCCGGGCUGGGCCGGGCCGGCGCAAGUAUCGCCUUGCCCCUGCGAGCAAUAGGACAAGUUCUGGCAUCUUGCUGAGUGCAGAGCGAGGUGAACAGGGUAUUACAUUUGGGUUCUCAAACCGGUGUCUCUCCCUUUUGGCAGCAGAGCCUGGUGUCAGGACGUGUGCAGUAAGGGUGUGACUGGCGUGCUCGGCAGCGCCAGCAGGAUUCCUACAGGAAACCGUCCUGUUUCAGGAGCUGGGAUGGGCUGCGUUAGUAACAGAGGUGAAGGAAGUGUUUUUUGUCUUGCCUUCACAUGAGCGGCUCUUAUUUGUCAUUCUGUGAAGCGAUAACAACUUGGAGGGCAGGGCAUUUGGGCUUCCUUUGAGUCUCAGUGCUUUGUGCUGACAUGGUAACUACGUGGUGGAUCUCCGCAGCUGGUGAACAGGGACAGCUGCUCCAAAGAGACCUUUCCCAGAGCUCCUCUCCAUCCCUGUCGGACCAACUCCAGAUGGGCUGUGAGGAUGCAUCCUCUGGGACGCUAAACGUGGAGUGCAGGGUCUGUGGAGACAAAGCGUCGGGGUUUCACUAUGGAGUCCACGCAUGUGAAGGCUGCAAGGGCUUCUUCCGCCGGACAAUCCGCAUGAAGCUGGAGUACGAGAAGUGCGAACGGAACUGCAAGAUCCAGAAGAAGAAUCGGAACAAGUGCCAGUACUGCCGCUUCCAGAAAUGCCUCUCCCUAGGCAUGUCACACAAUGCCAUCCGCUUUGGCCGCAUGCCAGAGGCGGAGAAGAGGAAGCUGGUGGCGGGGCUGACAGCCAGUGAGAUCAGCUGCCAGAACCCGCAGGUGGCCGACCUUAAGGCCUUCUCCAAGCACAUCUACAAUGCCUACCUGAAGAACUUCAACAUGACCAAAAAGAAGGCAAGAGGCAUCCUGACUGGGAAGGCCAGCAGCACCCCGCCUUUUGUGAUCCAUGACAUGGACACCUUGUGGCAGGCAGAAAAGGGGCUGGUGUGGAAACAGCUGGUGAAUGGGAUCCCCCCAUACAAAGAGAUCGGAGUCCACGUCUUCUAUCGCUGCCAGUGCACCACUGUGGAGACUGUGCGGGAGCUCACGGAGUUUGCCAAGAGCAUCCCCAGCUUCGUUGGCCUCUACCUGAAUGACCAAGUGACUCUACUGAAGUAUGGGGUGCAUGAGGCCAUCUUUGCCAUGCUGGCCUCUAUCAUGAACAAGGAUGGGCUUCUAGUGGCCAACGGAAAUGGGUUUGUGACACGUGAGUUUCUGCGUAGCCUGCGCAAGCCCUUCAGCGAGAUCAUGGAGCCCAAGUUUGAGUUUGCUGUGAAGUUCAACUCGCUGGAGUUGGACGACAGUGACUUGGCUCUGUUUGUGGCUGCCAUAAUCCUGUGUGGAGACCGCCCUGGCCUGAUGAACGUGAAGCUGGUGGAGGAUAUACAGGACAACAUCCUCCGAGCCCUGGAGUUCCACCUGCAGACCAACCACCCUGACGCCCAGUACCUCUUCCCCAAGCUGCUGCAGAAGAUGGCUGACCUGCGGCAGCUAGUGACGGAGCACGCACAGCUGGUGCAGAAGAUCAAGAAGACAGAGACAGAAACUUCACUGCACCCACUCCUGCAGGAGAUCUACAAGGACAUGUAUUGAGGAGCGCUUAUUUAUGAGAGAGAUUAAAGCCAUCGACCCCUUGCCGAACUCUUUGUGCAACAACAAAGAAUCGCUUUCCCCGUCUUCCAUUUUCUUCUACUGGAAACUGUUUUCUAUAUGAUCAGUACACACGGUACAUAGGGCAAAGCACCAUGAGACUUUGCAGUUACCGCGGGGUAGGCCAGGGCUUCCGUUAAUAUGCACUAACCAACCUUAAAGGGUGAAACCCGUUUCCAUUGCUACAGCCCAGCUGCCUCAGGAGCGGCUGGUGCAUUUCCACCCAGGUCGACAGGCUAUGGGAGCACUGGGCCCACAGAGCGGCAGCAAGGGGAUGGUCUGAUGUAGGAAGACCAAGGAGCAGCUCCAGUAUCUGCAGGCCCAGAACUGCACUUGAGAUCUCGCAGCUGCUGUGUAUUAUUUGUAUUGCACUCCACAGGCUAUCAGUCCUGAGCCAUGAGGUCUAAGACGGUCACAGAAGCAAGCGGCUCUCAGGGUACGAGUCCCCCAGAGAAAACUGUGAGUGUUUGGAGAAGGGUACGAUGCUUCCUCAGGGGACAGACCUGCUGCUCUCCCCCUGAAUGCCUAGGGCAGACAUGCUUUCUACUAGAGAUGUGUCCUCGCCUGCCUUCCAUACUGCUCCCUUACAUGUGUGAGCCUUCGCGUGGCUUGAGUUAGUCCUUGUUAACCCAUAAUUUCAAAGGCACCUGCCCCUUGGCACGUGCUCCUAUAUUCACCUAGAACAGUGGUUUUCAACCCUUUUUCAUUUGUGGACCCCUAAAAAAUUUCAAAUGGAGGUGGGGACCCCUUUGAAUUGUCAGUGUGGGUAUUUACAUACUUUUGAUUGAUCAUAGUCAUCUUUCAUGGACGCCUUAGACAUAGUCUGCAGGCGCCCAGGAAUCUGCAGACCACACAUUGAAAACCACUGGCCUAGAAGCUGAAACAUGGGGAAGGAAGGGAGAGGUGAGAUGGAGGUUGGCUCACCUGGGUCUUCAGAGCCAGUGCUAGAACUUCUGUUGAGUCCUUUAUCCAAUCUGGGGCAGACUUGAACUGCCUUAAGGGCCUGAGUCCCUGCUGGGUGGGUGGAUGAAAAGGAUUCAGUGUUGUGAAGCAGGCAACAGAGAGCAGAGCAGGGCGGCACUAGGGUUAUAGCUAUGGGUCCCAUUAGGCAGUGCUCCAGCUUGCUUGGAGCAAUUGUGGAAGAAGAGGAGCGGGGAGCUUGGGUCAUUUCUAGCCUGAAGGAAGGGUUGGAUGAAUCGGAGCUCAUAAGAGAGAGGAGAGUACUUUUCACUCUCAGGUCUUCAUCUCAGAACCAGUCCUGGUCUGUAGCGUGUAGAUCACCUAAUGGCUCUUGAGCGGCCUGUCGGGAAUGAAACUAGAGAAACUGGACCUUUUCAGCCUCCGCAAGAGAAGGUUGAGAGGCGACCUUGUGGCUGCCUAUAAGUUCAUCACGGGGGCACAGAAGGGAAUUGGUGAGUUUUUAUUCACCAAGGCGCCCCCGGGGGUUACAAGAAAUAAUGGCCACAAGCUAGCAGAGAGCAGAUUUAGUUUGGACAUUAGGAAGAACUUCUUCACAGUUCGAGUGGCCAAGGUCUAGAACGGGCUCCCAAGGGAGGUGGUGCUCUCCCCUACCCUGGGGGCUUCAAGAGGAGGUUAGAUAGGCAUCUAGCUGGGGUCAUCUAGACCCAGCACUCUUUCCUGCCUAUGCAGGGGGUCGGACUCGAUGAUCUAUUGAGGUCCCUUCCGACCCUAACAUCUAUGAAUCUAUGAAUUAAGUCAUUGUUCUAGAUCCAGUUCCUGCUAGACAGGUUUCCACUUCACCACAGCUACCACUACUGGCACUUUCAUCAGCAUCUUUGGCACAGACAGUGAGCUUUGAAUGGGCUGUGGAGGCUCAAUUCUCCUGCUGGAGAGAGGUGUGUUCCCUCCCUGGCCAGAGUUGGGGUGGGUUACUGGAGUAGCAUGGAGGCAGGUUUGGCCUCGCACACCCUGGGUUGAGGGUCUUGGACUCCCGAGUCGGCUGACUGCCACUUGGACAGAGAUCCAGGUUUCUGGAUCUGUGGGUAGCUCUCCUGACCCAGCAGCCCAGUGAGAGGAGGCAGCUGUCCAGAGAGAGAAAUCUGGCCUUGCAGAUGAGACGCCGUCAAGGAUGCAUUGGAUGAGGCCAGUGGCCAAGAAGGCAAAGCCCUGCCCCCUGCUCUGAUGCUAUUCAUUGGGUCCUGAAGGGAGGUUAUCUCCAGGUGGAGAGUUGUUAUAGUAGUGUAAAAACCGUAGUGAAUACACUGCUUUGACCCCACACCCUCCUCUACAGACCCCAUGUGGCCUGAGGGAGUUGACCACAGGCUGCAUGACCUUGUAGAUCUCUCCCAUCUCUAAUGCUGAAACCAGACCAGGCAUUGACAUUGCAGUGUUGGGGAGACCUCUUGCUGGAGGGCAACUCCAGCUCAGACCUGGGAGGCCUGAACGCCUGACUCUGGCUCAGCCGCUAACUUGCAAGCCACGUAACCUCUGUGCCUCAGUUUCCCCGACCCAUAAGUGAGUCUAAUGAAACUUGAAUCUCCCUUGCAGGGGUUGAAGGGGAGCCAGCUAGUGUUUGUACAGUGCAGUAUAAAUACCGAGUAUUUAUGGCAGGAGGGGGGAAUGCCCUGUUUGUUGUCAUGACAAGACUGGGGCUUUUCAGGGGAGUCCUGGGAUGACCUAGGGCAGCUGGCCUCCCGUAACAUCAUGCUUCCAUAGUGCUUUGGUAUCAUUAGCAGGGACUUGUUCUGGCAGCUGUGGGCACCAGCUUCGCUCUCAGGCUCCGUGACCAGCAAAAUCUUGAGCGAGCUUCCCUUGCACCUUCUAGCAGCAGUAACAAAAACACCUGUCAUGCAGCUGAGAGGGACCUGCCCCCUCCCGCUGCAGCCACACUGAAGCAGUGUUUGAGUCUCUGUCUCCAGGAGAAGAGAGGAUUGAACCAGGGAUGUGUCUGGUUUUCUGCCAGGGGUGAUAGCGGUCACCCAGGAUCCCAUCUGUGCGAGCGCUUCCAUGGGCAGAAUCUGUUUAGUUUGAUACGUGGCAGCUGGACCCAAGUCAGGGGCAGCAAGUGGCUGGGGAAGGGGAAGGGGGAUGCCCCCCUACCCAGAGAUGAUGUAUUGACCCUGCAGAGCCCGCCAGUAAUCGCAGCACAACAUGCUGGGGUUACUGUACGGUGCUGUGGGACAAGCCCUUUCUGAGGUAGCAAAUUUCCCUGGUGCAAUAAGUUAAAAAUCCAAAGUGGGGAGGUGCUUUGCUUCCCUCCCCAUGCUUGCUGGGCAGCCUGACUGCGUGCCUCCAAACGGGCAGGUGGGGCUAGCACAGAGCUCCAUGGGUCCGAGGGAUGGUCCUGGUGCCAUCUCCAUGCCCCACCUGCAGAUGGGUAAUGUGUUCAGCAAAUAGAGCAUGAUCAAGGACAGGGGGCUGCGCAGACUUGCUCUUCUCUCCCUCCCUCUGGGCCUCAGUUUCCCCAUCUGUAUUAUCGGAACAGCCAUUUCCCUUCCCUACCUCACAGGGGUGUUGUGAGGCUGAUCCAGCUUGUUCAGCACUUUUUAAGUCCUCUUGUGAGCAGAGCCGGAGAAGCGCCAGCUCCGGGCUGUGAUCAAAUCAUGACCGGUACUUCCCUGGGUCUGUUUUCUCCCCUCUCCCCCUGCACUGGAUGCCCGGAUGCUGUGAACAGAGAGGCUGCUGCGAUGCCCGGCCCCCUCGCCCCGGGCGAUGCUGGAGGAACUCUUGCUCUCUUUCAAUGUUGUAAUAAUCCUCAAACUGAAAUGUAUAUUUUUGCUAGAAGUACAAACCUCCAAGUGUUUUUAAUAAUAUAAAUAGUGUCCACAGACUGACUUAACUUUAAAUAAAUAUGAACUAAAUAUUUAAGACA